GACCCGGCUGUAAAUAUUGUGACACAGAGGAUAUCCUCCAUGCGUGUUUUGAGCAAAACUAGUAUGACGAAAUUAUCGGUGCUUUUUACGGGGUUCUUGGUUAACGUUAGUGUUAAAAUAGUUCAUAAAAUCGUCAAAGUGUAUAAGUAAGUGUUUUGUCCAAAAUGGCGACAGACGUGUCCAGGUAGCCUACAAAGUUAACGGUUGUUUUUCCUUAAUUUGUGGAAAUUUCUAGCAACUAGGUAGGUUGAAGAUAACACCACAUAACGCAUUAAUAACAUCACAUAACACACAAGCGCGGUGACUGAAUUUAAACGGUGAUUGUGAGCCGAUUUCUGCUCGAAUCUCUCAAAGUGUGGUUGAAUCCCGUCACGCUGAGCUGCCAUGGAGGGUUUGGAGGAGAAGCUCAAAAGUCUGUCCAUCGCGCUGCGGUCUUGCCCAGAGGAACCCACCUACCUGCUGGACGUCGCCCUGCAGCCGACCGGCCUGCUGGCCGUGUCCUGCUCCAACUUCACCAUCCACCUUCACAACAAGGACUCUCUGAACCUGGUGGGAGAGUAUCGGGGCCACAGCGGGCCGCUUUGUGGGGUUGUUUUCUCCCACACCUCCCCUGACUGUCUGUACUCGGGUUCUGCUGAUGGGACGGUCCGGGGGUGGGACGUCCGCCGCCCCGGGACAGAGGCAGCCCAGAUGUUUAAAAGUGACCCAUCACACAGCUACUGUAGCUUCGACUUGAGCUGCAGCGACACACUCCUGUGUGCCGGCACCGAGCAGGUGAACGACGAAGACAGCUUCCUGGUUUUCUGGGACGUCAGGAAAGCAGGUGCUGGGCUUCUCGGGGUGUAUUCUGAGUCGCACAGUGAUGACAUCACACAGGUGCGCUUCCACCCUCGAGACAAAGACCGCCUGGCGUCCAGCUCCACAGACGGCCUUGUUAAUGUUUUUGACCUGAGCCGGGGAGCAGAGGAGGAGGCGCUGCUGGCCACCUGUAACACCGACUCCUCUGCUGGCUCAGUCUGUUGGUCCGGACCAGAUCACACCCAGCUGCUGUGCCUCAGCCACGACGAGGGGCUGCACCUGUGGGAUCUGGGUCAGCUGGACACAGAGGAGCCUCUUACCAUUUUCAGCACCUCUGACGCUCGCAGCCUGACUCUGCUGCCUGAUGGGGGAGGCUUGGAUUACCUGGUGGGGGGGAGGUGGCUGGAGGAGGCCCAGAAGCUGCUGGUGGUCGGAGGGAUGAACAGCGGGGAUCUCCACCUGAUGGAGUGUGACGACGGGGGGCUUCGUCUGCUGAGGAGCCUGGAGGGAGGCCACGCCUCCACGGUGCGCUGCUUCCUAUGGGACGCAGCGGGGGAGGCUCUGGUCACUGGGGGAGAGGACGCCCAGCUGUUGCUAUGGAAACCAGGAGGGGAGGAGCUCGCGUCAGGGAAAAGGGAGUCCAUGAAGAGCGAAUCAGCUUUGAGACUCAAAUCCAGGCCGCAUAAAAAGCACGGCUACCAGAGAGAGAAGAAGGCAGCGUAGCCAAGACACUGAAUGAAAAUGUCAACGUCACUUGCACGUCGCAGGUCAGCGUUCACCUUUGACCCCGGCGGAUGAGCUCGUUCAGCCAAAGGAAACACUGAUGCACUGUGUUUGGAAAUGGAGAAAUUAUUAUUCUAGUGUGUUUUAUCACUAUAUUUAGUUCAUCAUCACACAAACCGUAGCGUCUCGUACAGCGUUUACAGUCUGCGAUCGCUCUGAUCAAUAUUUGUUUAUCCACACGAGAAACGUGACAUCACGUCCGAGCGCGGGACAGUUUUGUUAAAACAGAAGGUUAAUGUGGCCGCACCUUUACACCUGGUAUUAACGUGAUCCCGAUACAUUAUUUGGAUAGUGACAUCUGAUCCACUAACCUUUGCAUUUACACCUGAUAUUAAAUAGCGAACUUCUGCCCGCAUUGCGAUUGGGUGAUUCUACGUGCAUUAACACCUGCAUUAACCUGCGUUUUUCCUGAUCCAGUAUAUUAAUGUAAGGUGGAAAUGGGGUCUGCCACUUGGUGAACAAGCCCCGUGUCUCAAUUCCAUACUGCGUACAGGUUCUAAGCAGGUUUUGAGUGUGAGGUAUGCUCAGGCUGGAAAAGUGAAACCUGUGUAUCCUCAAAGAUGUCAGUUUGCAGACUAAACCCUCUGAUUUUUGGAACAACUACGCAGGGCAGCUCUCAGAAAACCAAAGAAAAAAAAUGUACAUUUUUUUUGGAAAAAGAUUUUUCUCUUCGUGAAGUUUAAUUGCCAGCGGCAGUUUGGUCGACGACCAUUGUUACGCAUCUCGCAUGUUAGUACGAAACAGUGAAGUACGUCGAUUUCUUGAAUACUAACUGAAAAAACAAGAUACUGGGAAUCUUAAUGCAUACUGUAUACCUUGUGUGAAAUUGGGACACAGCUGAGGCUUCUCUGAUAUUUUCAUUUUUAAAAUUAAGAUUUUAACCAAUUUUGUCAAACUGUCCAUUAUUGUGACAUUCUGUUGUUGUAGUAUUUCUCCUUUAAGGCUGCUGUGAUUCGUUCAGCUGGACGAAUUGUUGUUACUGCAUCACAUCCACCGCCCGGCACAGCAGGCUCCCGCUGAGGGAGCAGCUGUCGCUCUCAAAUGGCAAAGAGUGGAAUAACGUGAUUGGCGUGAAGUGUGUGUGACUCAGGAGAAAUCUCGCAGUGAUUGAGGCUGUUGAAGCAAAAUCUCAUUAAGGUUAUUGAGCAAUCUUUUUAAGGGUUUUUUAUUUAUCAAAGUUUACACCACAUAUUUACAUGGUGAUGAGACCGGCUGAGUCAUUAAAUUAUUAAAUGUCAGAUGAACUUGCUUUACAGGAGAGUACCUCUAGAAAAGAUGCACUUCUAUGAUUUUUUUUUUUUAAGCAAAUACCCGAUAUUUUAUCACUCAUACUAGCAGACAAAAGUAUGCAUUUUUGGGACAGUCAUAGUAAAACUGUUAGUGCAAAUCAGGUAUUUCAAGGCAGUUCAGUGUUUUUUUUUUUUAAAUGAUGCCUUUAUGACAAAUUUGUUGCAUUUUUGGAAAGAUCACAGAAAAAUCAAUCUGCAGUUGCGCAAAUAGCAGCAGCAGUAAAAAUAAUAGUGGAACUACGCCUGCUGAUACUGAAAGUGUACUAAUACAUGUAUGUUUAUCCAUUUUAAAUAUAUAGUGCCUUUACUGUUUUCUAAAUAUGCUAUUUAUAUGGUGCAUUUAUUUUCCAAAAUAAAUGUAUUUAACCAUUUUCA